AUGGCUACAGUACGCCGCAAAUCGGCCGUCCUUUUCUGGGGAGAUCGGUCUUCGAACCUCUUCUUCAUGCGCUUUCAUACGAAAUAUAAGUCGCCCCCAAAGCCAGCAAGGCUGCACUUCACUCGAGGUGGAAAUGGAGAACCUGAGCGGAAUUCCUCUGAAACCCACCAUCUCUUUGGCUACUCUGCUACAAAUCAUAGAAAGAAAUCGCUUAAACCGGUUCACUUCAACCAAACACAAAAAGAAGGUGCCAAUUUAAGUGUUUUUUAA